AUGAAAGUUCCUAACGAUUUCUUUACUUUCCCAAAAAUUAAAAACAGACUGCGUGGUCAAAGGUUCCGGUCACCAGAAGAAGCAGUUGACGCAUUCAAAAAUGCCGUUUUGGAUCUGCCAGCAAACGAGUGGAAUAAGUACUUCGAAAAUUGGUCCGAGCGCAUGCAGAUGUGUAUUAAUUUUCGUAGAGAAUACUUCGAAAAACAAUAA